GGGAAAAUACAGGAAGAGGCAUUGUGUCGAGACGAGGAAUGGCAUCAGCUGAUCUGAGGAAGGAGCUGGAAUGUUCCAUCUGUCUGAGUAUUUAUACAGAUCCUGUUACCCUGAAAUGUGGACACAACUUCUGCCGGGACUGUAUUUGUCGUGUGUUGGAUACACUGGAGGAGUCUGGAGGUUUUUCCUGUCCCGAAUGUAGAGAAGAGUUCCAGGAUCGGCCUGCACUGCAUAGAAAUGUAACACUGCGUAACAUCGUGGAGAAUCUCCUGCCUACUCAGCCAGAUCAGGAGAAGUCCGGGGUCUUCUGUACUCACUGUAUUCACACUCCUGUACCUGCUGUGAUAUCCUGUCUGAUGUGUGAAGCUUCUCUGUGUGACGAUCACCUGAGAGUCCACAGCAAGUCACCAGAACACGUCUUAUGUGACCUCACCACUUCCCUGGAGAACAGGAAAUGCUCCGUCCAUAAGAAGAUCCUGGGGUAUUACUGCACCGAGGACUCCUCCUGUAUCUGUGUGUCCUGUGGUUUGGCCGGAGAACAUCGGGGACACCAGGUGGAGACUCUGGAUGAGGCCUCUGAGAAGAAGAAGAAGAAACUGAGGAAUGUUCUGCAGGAACUGAUGAAUGAGAGAGAGGAGAUGGAGAAAAGAGUCCAGAGUCUGCAGGAACGCAGGAGGAAAGUACAAGGAAAAGCAGAUGAUGAAACAGAGAGAGUCACUGUCCUGUUCAGAAACCUCAGGAGACGUCUGGGAGAUCUGGAAAAGAGAGUCCUGAGUGAGAUCUCCGUGCAGACAAAGCAGAGCUUUCUUUCACUGUCUGAUAUGAUCCAACAGCUGGAAAUAAAGAAGGAGGAGCUGUCCAGGAAGAUGGAGGACAUUGAGAAGUUGUGUAACAGGACGGAUCCACUGACUGUCCUACAGGAAUCAGACACAGGUGACUUGUGUGAUACUGAGGAUGAUGAGGAUAGAGAGAGACGUGAUAAACUCCUCCAUGAUGGAGGGGAUCUGGAUGUGGCGGGGAUCUCACACACAUUACACACAGGUUUAUCUGAUAUUUUACAGCAAACAUUGGGGGUGUCGGGGGUUACAGACAUAUUACUGGAUGUGAGUACAGCUGGUAAUCAUCUACAUAUAUCGGAUGACAGGAAAACUGUGUCCACAUCAUUACAUCAGAAUCGCCCAGAAACACCAGAGAGAUUUGAGUAUCCUCAGGUGAUGAGCAGUCAGAGGUUCUCAGGGAGACAUUACUGGGAAGUGGAUGUCGGGGGGUCAGAUCUUUGGAGAGUCGGGAUGUGUUACCCCAGUAUAGAUAGAAGAGGAGAGCAGUCACGGAUUGGAUAUAAUAAGAAGUCCUGGGGUUUGGGGCGGUGGGGGGAUAAUUGGUACUCAGUGAGACAUGACAUUAAGGAGAUCCGAGUAGUCGGCAAUGUCUCCAGUAACAGAGUCGGGAUAUAUCUGGAUUAUGAGGCCGGGCGGAUCUCCUUUUAUGAAUUGUGUGACCCGAUCCGACAUCUCCACACCUUCACCACCACCUUCACUGAGCCCCUCCAUGUUGGGUUACGUGUCGGAAAAGGUUGUAUGAAGAUAACUGGGGGGGAAUCAAACAUGAGAAAUCUGCCCAGAGACUGGUGACAUCACAGGGUGGAGAACCUGAUUGGUGCAAUACUCAGCCAAAAAGCUUUUGAUGAAUGCUUAGGCCGAAACACGUCAACAUGUUGGACAAUUUUUCUGGUAUAAUUCUACAAUAACAUUUGCUAUGGAGAAGCUGUCGCGUUUCCGGCUUGUAUUUGUUAUGGAUUCAUUUGUAAACAUUUAGGGCCAAAUCCUCAAAAGAGAUACGACGGAGUAACUGCU